AAAUAGUACACAUCUCACUUUUUUGUCUUUUUUUAUGUAAUGCUAUAAAUACAGUUCAGUAUCAGUGAGUGAGAUAAUAUCUUGGACAUAAUGCCUACAGAAGAACCUGCAGUAUAUCUUCUCUCUAAAUAUUUCCUGUAAAUGUCUGUGUUUUACAGAUCACAGUUUGGUGUUGGUCACUGACUGUUGGUCUCUGUGUGUUUGUUAGUUAUUAAUUACUGUAAACUUGUCUAAUCGAGUAACUAAGACAAAAGGGACAUAAUGCGCUUUAAAUGCAAGAAGUUCGUGUAGGAAAAUAUCAUUUAUCGCGACUUUCACACCUGCGAACUGAGCGGAGAGACAUGAACUGAUGGUGAAACGUGAAGGAAAUUUCUGGCCACGGUCCCGUGGCUCCGAGCUAACGCUAACAGCGCCGCCAGUUGUGCAGCAAGCGGCUAUGUGCACGAAGCACUGGGUAGAAAAUGAGGAUCGGACGUGAGCUACGUGCGCAUCCGGGAGCAGACGAGAUGAAAUGGAGAGCUCUGACAGUAGGGACUUGUUAAAAGAAAGCUCUUCGUCUCACGGACCCGAUAGCGUUUGUCCCGAGCGGAAGGAAACGGCCUGCGGCACUUCUGCGGCGGCGACCAUGGGCCUGGCCACUUGCUGCAGCCCGUCUGCCGCGGACGAGCUCCUGGGGGGUAUAACGCCCAAAUCCGGAGUCUCCGCUCUGAAGCAGGAACCGAAGAUCAACGGUGAGGUGGUAUCAUCACUGUCUGCUGUAGGUGAGAAUUACAACAGAUUUCCUUUACAAGCUGAUUCCUGCAGGCAGAAGAAUGGACCGAGCGAGACGCCCAACGGCCCAGCCGUCAGCACCCUGCGGCCAGCUGACAACUCCACCCUGGUGAAGCGAUCAAACGGAGAUCUGAAAUGCAGAAGUCAGCGAUUGAGAGAUGAUGAGAUUGUCUCUGGGGUUUCAGAUGAAGCCCGAGUGGAUUUGGGGUCACCGAAGCGCCUCGAAGACCUCAGCCCUCCUCCUGACUGCAAAAGGAGGCGGCUGGAAAAUGACUCGAAAACAGAAAACGUGAAAAGCACACAGUCUGCAGGGCCUUGUGCGGGCAACAGCCAGCACCAGAAUCACUGUAGCAGCUCGAACGAUGUGUCCUCUCCUGGACGAGUCCACCAGAACGGGCACAGUGUGGUGACCCAGAUCCCAGGACGACCUGGGGUGCCCUCUGUCCCGCCGGCGGGUGGAGUCGCGUCCAGCUGGUCCAUGGAGAGUAUUGCCCAGCUCUACAUAGUGCCUUGUAUGAAAUACUAUGGCAUCUGUGUUAAAGAUAACUUCCUGGGCCCAGAACUUGGUGACCGGGUGCUGCAGGAGGUGGAGAUGCUGAAUCGCAGUGGGAAGUUUCGUGGAGGACAGCUGGUGAGUCAGAGGAGCAUCCCAUCCAAGAACAUCCGCGGAGAUCAGAUAGCCUGGGUGGAGGGAGGAGAACCUGGCUGUGAGGCCAUUGGCAUGCUCAUGGCUCAUGUUGACGAAGCCGUCAUGCACAGUUCAGCAAACGGACAGCUUGGGGAUUAUGUUAUUAAUGGCCGUACUAAGGCUAUGGUGGCGUGUUACCCUGGCAACGGCACGAAAUACGUGCGUCACGUGGAUAAUCCAAACGGAGAUGGACGCUGCAUCACCUGCAUCUACUAUCUGAAUAAGAACUGGGAUGUGAAGGUUCACGGAGGAUUACUGCAGAUCUACCCCGAGGGCCGGAACGUGGUGGCGAACAUCGAGCCGUUCUUUGACCGCCUGCUGGUUUUCUGGUCAGACAGAAGAAACCCUCACGAAGUGAAGCCGGCCUACUCUACGCGAUACGCCAUCACAGUUUGGUACUUCGACGCGAAAGAGCGAGCCAAAGCCAAGGAAAAGUACAGACUAGCUAUGGGACAGAAGGGGGUUGAAGUGCCGGUCAGUCGAGCAGAAAGUAAAUAAGUCAUCAGCUCAGGCAUCCCGGUGUGUCCUUCCAUGUAUGUGCCUACCCAUGCUGCUGUCUGAAAAACUGAUUCCAUAGGAAGACACAAGGGGCAGGACGAGCAGUAAAGCCAAUGCAGGCAACAAUAACAAAAAAAAAAAAAAAUCCCUUCUCCUGUCAGCCCGGGACUGACCAAUCAGAAACACUUUAAUGUGAAUUAUGGCCGUUGGAUGGAGAAGAGUUCGCAGAAGAUGCCCGCUGAAUGGAGGAGCAGUGACUCUCAGUCAGAUUCAGCUUGGCCACUACUGAAAAGCUCAAACUUGAGAAUAUUAUGCAAAUAAAAUUGCCAAAAUGUAUUAGAAAAUGAUCACUACUGUACUUUUGCCCUUAUCUGUACGUACCGUAUUUUUUUUUCAUAGUAAUAAAUCAGAUUCUCUUUGCUCCUUAAACUUCCUCUUGGACAAGACACUCUUUUCAGUAGUGUUUGGGGUUGGAAGGAGAAGAGGAAGUGACGACCGACUGGCCGAAUCGGUCCUGACCGUAUUGUAAGCCGAAGUGAAGCAUUGAUCAGUGUUAACGUCCCCCAGUGGACUGCGCCCACUCCGACACCCAAAUAACGCAGUGAACUUUUACACUCCUGACGUUUUUCCGAGCGAACAGAGAACCUUAUGACUGUUGGUACGGAACUUGGCUGUACAGCAGGAGGGUCAAACCAGGGUUCAGUGACUGAUUUUUACAGCUGUGUUUUAUAGUGAGAAUGUUAGCUGUGAUUUCACGGCUAUGCCUGUAACGUUUUUUUUCUUUUUCUUUUUCUAAACUAAACGGCCUUCUCUUGUUAGAAAGCACAGACAGAGUGAAGUGUGCUAGCAUGUCUUUAAAAGGCCACUCUGUGUUUUAAUGGCGAAGCACUUGAGCGAGUCACCUUUCGAAAAACAGGGAGCUGACAAUCUCUCAUUAAACAAAUCAAGAAACAACUCAUUCAGA